AUGGUAAGGAUUUUACGCAUAGAGCUGCCUCGGCGUUUGAUACCAAGAAAACUGAAGAUGGUUGUUUGCUGCUUGGCCAUAGUUUUCAGCCUGACUGUGGUGUAUUAUAGUAUCACAGGCACAGCAGCAGUUCCACAUAAGAGAAGUAAUGAUGACCUUGAAGCAGCCAUUAGAAUAAUUGAUCACAGGAUUUUACAUUUAGAGCAAGGAAAGAAAACAUAUCCAGAAGUGAAAUUUCUGAUGUAUAAAGAUCGGAAGCGUAUUUUGAUAACUGGAGGUGCGGGCUUUGUUGGAUCUCACCUCGUGGAUCGUCUCAUGAUGCAAGGUCAUGAGGUUGCUGUUGUAGACAACUUUUUCACUGGCCGGAAGCGAAAUAUAGAGCACUGGAUCGGCCACGAGAAUUUCGAGUUGCUGCACCAUGACAUAGUCAACCCAUUGUAUAUUGAGGUUGAUCAGAUCUAUCACCUUGCAUCACCAGCAUCUCCACCUAACUACAUGUAUAAUCCAAUCAAAACACUGAAAACAAACACUCUUGGGACUAUCAACAUGCUGGGUCUGGCCAAGAGGGUCAGAGCACGGUUGUUACUGGCAUCUACAUCUGAAGUUUAUGGAGAUCCUGAGUUGCAUCCUCAGAAUGAAGAUUACUGGGGUCAUGUGAACCCUAUAGGACCCCGGGCAUGUUAUGAUGAAGGAAAACGAGUGGCUGAGACGAUGUGCUAUGCCUAUGAGAAACAGGAAAAAGUUGAGGUCAGAGUGGCACGCAUCUUUAAUACAUUUGGACCUCGAAUGCACAUGAACGAUGGAAGGGUGGUCAGCAAUUUCAUUCUUCAGGCUUUGCAAAAUGAAUCCAUUACAGUAUAUGGUGAUGGUGACCAGACAAGAUCGUUCCAGUACGUGAGUGACCUCGUUGAUGGACUGAUGGCUUUAAUGAAUUCAAACUACUCGCAGCCUGUCAAUAUUGGCAACCCCGAGGAGCACACGAUCAUGGAGUUUGCAAAAAUUAUUAAUACACUUGUAGGAGGCCAAGGCCAGAUUGUAAAAAAGAUGGCGAUGGAAGAUGACCCACAGAGGAGAAAGCCAGAUAUUUCCCGUGCUAUGAAGUAUCUGAAUUGGCAGCCAAAGAUUCCAUUGAUGGUAGGCCUCAAUAAAACUAUUGAAUAUUUCCGCAAUGAGCUGCGACGAUCCCAGCACAGUGAGAGAAACUUCCACAUGCCAGAAAAAUUUCAAGUCUGA